GACAUCCCCCCUGCCCCCAGCAUGGCCAGCGGCUUUGUCCUGCGGAACCCCGUGGACAGCUACGUCCAGCACACCAGCGACAUGUCGGAGCACGAGGUCAACACUGAGCGGCUGGAGGUGGAAUCCCGCGGUGUCAACCAUGUCGAGGGCGGCUGGCCCAAAGACAUCAACCCGCAGGAGGUGGAACAAACCAUCCGCUUCAGGAAGAAAGUGGAGAAAGACGAAAACUACAUCAACACCAUCAUGCACCUUGGCGCCCUGAUGGAGCACUGCGUCAAGCAGAACAAUGCCAUCAACAUCUACGAGGAGUACUUUGGAGAGGAGGAAACGGCAGAGGUGGAAGAUGAGCCCCCCUCCGCAAAAACCAUCAAUGUCAUCAGGGAUCCCAACAUAACCAAGAGGACGGCCACGCAUCUCUCCUGGCACCCCGACACAUGCAGGAAACUGGCAGUGGCUUAUUCCAGCCUGGAGUUCCAGCAAAACAUGAAAGACAUGAGCUUUGACUCAUACAUCUGGGAUCUUGAAAACCCCAACAAGCCGGAGCUCGUUCUCAAGCCGUCAUCCCCUCUGGUGAGCCUGGAAUACAACCCCAAAGACUCGCACGUACUGGUAGGAGGAUGCUACAACGGGCAGAUGGCUUACUGGGACACCAGGAAAGGGGGACUGCCUGUGGAGGUGUCCACCGUGGAGGUCAGCCACAGGGACCCUGUGUACGGAGCCAUCUGGCUGCAGUCCAAAACAGGCACCGAGUGCUUUUCAGCCUCCACCGACGGGCAGGUUCUGUGGUGGGACAUCCGCAAGUUGUCCGAGCCCACCGAGUCGCUGGUCUUGGACAUCACCCGGAAGGGGCUCCUGGAGAACGCUCUGGGUGCCAUCGCGCUGGAGUUCGAGCCCACUAUGCCCACCAAGUUCAUGGUGGGCACAGAGCAAGGCAUCAUCAUCGCCUGCAACCGCAAGGCCAAGACACCCCCUGAAAAAAUCACCAGCACCUACAGUGGCCACAUUGGACCCGUCUACGCGCUGGCCAGGAAUCCUUUCUACCCCAAAAUCUUCCUGACGGUCGGCGACUGGACUGCUCGGAUCUGGUCGGAGGAGACUAAGGAAUCGUCAAUUAUGUGGACCAAGGACCACCUCUCCUACCUGACGGAUGGGUGCUGGAGCACCGUGAGGCCCUCCGUCUUCUUCACCACCAGGUCAGACGGGACCCUGGACAUCUGGGACUUCCUCUUCAAGCAGAAUGACCCCUCUCUCAGCCUGAAGGUCUGCAACGAGCCCCUCUCCAGCCUGCGCCUGCAGGACAACGGGUGCGUUGUUGGCUGCGGCUCAAAGCUGGGCACCGUCACCCUGCUGGAAAUCUCCUCCGGGCUCUGCACCCUCCAGAAGAAUGAGAAGACCCUGGCCAACGCUAUGUUUGAGCGGGAGACGAAACGAGAGAAGAUCCUGGAGGCCCGGCACCGGGAAAUGCGGCUGAAGGAGCGCGCCAGGUCGGAGGGACAGGAGUGGGAGGUGGAGGAGAGGCUGGUGGAGAAUCCCCAGGAGGUGCUCGACCGUGCCCGUCAGGAGUUCUUCGAGGUCAUUGAAGCAGAGCUGCAGAGAAGGGCGCGGGCAGAGACCCAGUGCUCGCACGACAAGGUACCGGGGACAGCACGGGUUAAAGACCGUGCAGGAGAUGAGGCAGUCACGCAGGGGGAAGAGAGCCAGCUGCCCAAGGACAAGGAAGAGGAGGAGGAGGAGAAGGAUGCUGCCAAGGUCGUGGUGCUGCGAGACCCCGUGGAAGACCCUGAUGAUGUCCUGUGUGCCGGCCGCUCCCGGGAGAAAUCCUACAUCUUUGACGUGGCCUUCGAUGCCACAGCCACCCAGGUGGGUCCCUCAGGCUGUGGGAAGACCUACACCAUGCUGGGCACCGACGGGGAGCCCGGCAUCUGCGCCCGCACCCUGGGCGAGCUCUUCCAGGCCAUUGAGGAUGCCAGCGGUGACACGGAGUACGAGGUCUCCAUGUCCUACCUCGAGACGCAGAACCGUGGGCGGAGGAUGAAGGAGGGAGCCCACAUCAACCGCUCGCUGCUGGCCCUGGGCAACUGCAUCAAGGCUCUGAGCCACCAGGCGAGCACCAAGUACAUCAACUAUCGCGACAGCAAGCUGACCCGCCUGCUCAAGGACUCGCUGGGGGGCAACAGCCACACGGUGAUGAUUGCCCACAUCAGCCCGGCCAGCACGGCCUUCGAGGAGUCCCGCAGCACCCUCGCCUACGCCCACCGUGCCAAGAGCAUCCGCACCACGGUAGGGAUGGGAGUGUGGGCACGCUCCUGCCCCGGGAAUUAG